GCAGUGGCCUGAGGAACCCGAGGGCCUGGGGAGGGCAGAGUGGAGCAGUGUUGCACUGUGGGACAUUCACCCGUCUUGAGUCCUCUAAGAACUAGGGACUCCAGACCCCUGCUGCCCUGCAGAGAGUGUGGAGCCAGCGUAGGGGCUCUGGCCUCUCCCAGAUACGGGGGUCUGUCCACCUACAGGACCGCCUGAGCCCCCGUUUCCCUCAUUGGCAAACAAGGAGCUUCCCCUUCCCCAUGGGCACCUGCUUUGCACCCACCUUUGGGAUCCUGAGCCCACUUCAUCCCCUCCCCCUUGCCUUGAUUGUAACCAGUUUGGCAGAUGAGGAAAGUAGGCCCAGAGGGGCCAAGGUGUAGGUGUUACCGUGAGGAUGGGGUGCCAGUUUGGGUAGGGGGUGUUGGCUCAGGGGUGGUAUACAGCAAAUGCUCAGUCUGGACUAACUUUAUCAGUGUUCAUCAGAAGAGAGGAGCAGGGCAUGAUGGCACAUGCCUGGAUCCCAGCACUCUGGGAAGCUGAGGCGGGAGGAUCGCAAGUUGGAGCCGAGCUGAGGCAACUUCGUGAGAGACCUGUGUCAAAAUAAAAGGGCUACCGGGCUGGGAUUUAGCUCAGUGGUUCUGCCGCCUACCUUGGAAGCACAAGGUCUCAAGUUCAAUCCCUGGUACCAAAAAAAAGGAAAAAAAAUAAAGGGCUAGGGAUGUAGCCCAGUGCAAAGGGUCUAGGUUCAAUCCUCACUAUUCCAAGAGAGAAAGAGAAAAAGGGUUAUUAUCCAGGGGGUCUUUGGUUCAGGCUGCUUCCACAUAACCCUGGGCGGUACCUAGAACUCAGAACUAGAGUCCAGAACCCAGUUGGAUGCCAGGGUCCGGAACUGACUCACUGUAGCCAAUCGGAAUCCCCCUCUCCCACUUUCCUUAUGAAGCAAUAGAUAACCCAAGUUUGCUGGUGGCCCAGGCAGCAUUUUUCUGUGGGCCUGAGACCCUUGAGGCUCAGUGGGGUGACCCUGUUUCUCAGUCCCACAAGUGGGCAGCCAGAGGGGCCAUAGGGGCUUUGAGCCCCUCUGCCUCCAGGGAGGCGACCAGGUGUGCCUCCUGGUGAGCACAGGUCUCUUCGAGGCUGUGAAUGAGCCGGAUGCCAGCCAUCGCCCCCCAGUGCCCGGCGUGAGAAGGGCCCCGCCCCACCGCCACAGGCAUGCCCCACCAGCCUUCAGCCUGAGCUGGCGGCUCCCGCCCCCGCCCCCCUGCCACCCUGUACUGCCCUAGCUCCCCCGAGACCCCCACGCUGCAGUGUGGCCGGGCCCCCUCCCCACAGGGGCCGCCCCCGCCGCCUGCCCCAGGUGCCCGGGGUGGCGGCCCGGCCCGAAGAGCCAUGAAGCUGCAGGCGGUGAUGGAGACCCUCUUGCAACGGCAGCAACGUGCACACCAGGAGCUAGAGGCCCGGCAGCAGCCACCACCGCCUGAGAACCCCACUGCAGGACCUGCAGCCCGGGCACGGGGCACCCCGGAUGAGGACAGAGAGCCUGACAGUGCACGAAUGCAGAGGGCACAGAUGGCCGCGCUGGCUGCCAUGCGGGCUGCUGCUGCAGGCCUCGGACACCCGCCCAGCCCUGGUGGCGGCUCUGAGGAUGGUCCCCCUGGCUCAGAAGAUGAGGACAUGGACCAGGAGGGGGGUCCCAGCUCACCCGGCCGAGGCAAGGAGGGGCUAGGAUGCUUGGAAGGAGAUGGACACUUUGAGGAUAUGGGCUCCGAUGAUGACAUGAAGCAAAAGUGGGAGGAGGAAGAGGAGCUCGAGGAGGACAUGGGGGACGAGGAGGAGGACGAGGAGGAGGAGGAAGAGGACUUCGAGGAAGAGGAGGAGGACGAUGAGGAAGAGGGGCUGGGCCCCCCGGGCCCUACAGGCCUGAGCUCCACAGGCCUCUUCCCCCGAAAGGCCCCACCAGCCCAGGCCUUCCGCGGAGAUGGCGUCCCCAGGGCGCUGGGUGGCCCCGCACGGCUGGGAACUGGCCCUGCUCAUCCCGGAGGAGCCACCCACGUGGCCUCUCAGCUGCAGCCGCCCGACCAUGGGGACUGGACCUACGAGGAGCAGUUCAAGCAGCUCUACGAACUCGAUGGGGACCCUAAGAGGAAGGAGUUCCUGGAUGACUUGUUCAGCUUCAUGCAGAAGCGAGGCACACCCGUGAACCGCAUCCCCAUCAUGGCCAAGCAGGUGCUUGACCUGUUCAUGCUGUACGUUCUGGUGACGGAGAAGGGCGGCCUGGUGGAGGUCAUCAACAAGAAGCUGUGGCGGGAGAUCACUAAGGGCCUCAACCUGCCCACCUCCAUCACCAGCGCUGCCUUCACGCUGAGGACCCAGUAUAUGAAGUACUUGUAUCCCUACGAGUGUGAGCGGCGUGGCCUCAGCAGCCCCAACGAGCUCCAGGCCGCCAUCGAUAGCAACAGGAGGGAAGGCCGGCGCCAGAGCUUCGGCGGCUCCCUCUUCGCCUAUUCGCCAGGCAGUGCCCACGGCAUGCUGUCCUCACCCAAGCUGCCCGUGCAGUCCCUGGGCCUGGCCGCCAGCACCAACGGCAGCUCCAUCACCCCAGCCCCCAAGAUCAAGAAAGAGGAGGACUCAGCCAUCCCCAUCACAGUCCCCAGCCGCUUGCCUGUGUCCCUGGCUGGCCACCCAGUGGUGGCAGCCCAGGCAGCAGUGCAAGCGGCAGCGGCCCAGGCAGCCGUGGCAGCGCAGGCAGCGGCCCUGGAGCACAUCCGGGAGAAGCUGGAGUCUGGGGAGCCCCCGGAGAAGAAGAUGGUGCUGGUCGCUGAUGAGCAGCAGCGGCUCCUGCACCGGGCUCUGCAGCAGAACUUACUGGCCAUGACUGCCCAGCUGCCCAUGAGCAUCCGGAUCAACAGCCAAGCCUCUGAGAGCCGGCAGGACUCGGCUGUCAGCCUCGCAGGCGCCAACGGCAGCAACAGUAUUAGUAUGUCGGUCGAGCUCAACGGCAUCAUGUACACAGGGGUCCUGUUUGCUCAGCCGCCAGCCCCCACGCCACCCUCAGCACCCAGCAAAGGCAGUGGUGGUGGCAGUGGUGGCAGCAGCAGCAGCAACUCAGGUGGCCGGGGAGGACCCGCAGGGACCAGCUCGGGCAGCCAGGCAGGUGCAGCACCGCACCCCACGUCUUCUACCUCAAAUAACUCAUUGCCUUAACCUCGUGGCUCCCCUCCUGCCCACUGCCGCCCCACCCCAGGAGCCCGACAGUCCCCCGGCUGGGGUCCAGGAAGGCAGAAGCAACAGGUGGGAAGAGCAGAGCUUCACCACGAAACCACAUUGACGCCAAAAAGGAAAGAGAAAAAAAUACAUAUAUAUACAUAUAUAUAUAUAUAUAUAUAUAAAGCAAAUUUAAUAAAACAGGGGAACCAAGGAACACUUGAAUUUCUCAGGUUUUGGACAUUCAGAGAUGAAUUAUGAGGACUGUGAAAAGAACCUAAAGGAAAACCAAGCCGCUGGAGCUGCUGGAGCCGCUGGAGCCUUUUUCUGCUCCCAGGGAAGCGGCUGUGGCAUCUGGCAUGGAACAGCUGCGAUGUCAAAGCCAACCCUGUUUACCUCAUACAUCCCUGCACUGUGUGUUAGCAUUUUUGUCCGUUUUUAUUUUCACUUUUUAUUUUUAUCUGUGACACAUUCAUCACACCCAGCUCCUUGUGUUGAAUGAAACCCCUGAGCCAAGAUCACUGAUUUUAUUUCCUUUUUUUUUUUUCCUUGUUGCUUUGGGAAAUGUGUUUUUCCUUUUUUUUUUUUUUCCUAAGAAAUAGUGACACUCAAACUCCUAUAGGGCUUUUAAGAGGUUUUGGGGGUUUUGUUCUGUAAAUACUCUAUUUUAUUCUUGGGGGGUGGAGCUUUAGGAAAAGGAUAUCUAUAUAUCUAUAUAUCUAUAUAUUUGUGCUCAUUCAGGGACUAGAAAAAGCAAAGUGAAACAAAAAACCCAACCCCGGUAAUAACCUUUUUAAAAUUUUUCUGUGACUGGUUUGGGCUCCUUUGGGUGUUUCUGGUGGCCCGAUGGGUGGCCCGCGAGCCCAGGACGCUGGAACUCAGCAACAGAUUCCUCUUUUCCAGGCUGGGCACUCGGAUCAGGGAAUCCUUAACCAGGGGGUAGAAUGAGUCCUGGCCCCAGGCUCCUGUCUCAGGGAUGAUUUGGGGGACGAUCAAUAAAGGGGGAACUGGGGGCAGCCAGGCCUAACUCAGGGUGAGGAUUUAGGGGCCAGAGCAACCCGAACCCCUCUCCUCUCUCCCCUCCUCUUGCCCUUCUCUCCAUGCCUUCCGCACAGGGGCUAUGACAUGUCUUGGUUCUGCAGUGACAGUCACUAAACAGAGGCCCAGAAAGGACCACGGAUCCCCCCACCCGGGUCAGAAAAUUGGGGGGUAUCCAUGAGACGAAGCCUGGCUGGAGCAGAAACCCAGCCUCUGUAGCCCGGGCAGGGUCUUCAGGGCUUUCUGGGCCUCUCUGCCCCUGUCCCUGGGGCUGCGUCCGGCCUCAGGUGGGGACUGUGGCAGCUGCGCCUAGGUGAGCCUGGGCUCUAAUUGGGCCCCAGAGUCGGUGCUAACGAGGCUGGGAGUGGGGGGAGUGCUGGGGCUCCCCCAGGCCCCUGGCCGGGCUCUCCUUCCUUCUCUGGGAAGGGGACCUAGUCUUUCUUUGUCUCAGAGUCACUGCUGUGCCCCUUUCUGCCCAUCCAGGAGGGGUGGUGGUGGGGGGGGCUCUCUUGGCUUUUCCUUCUGGAAGGUUCUGCCUGCCCCAUUUUUGGGGGGCUGGUGUCUUAGCACAAUCAUUCCUGGGUGGGGGGGUCUUCCUAUCCCAAGACUCAAUCUUGCCCCCUCUCCAAGAACUAUCUGGCCAGCCACUCUUGUCCCCUCCUGGCCGAGGCCCCUCGGGGCCACCUCGGGGAAAUGUCCACUGCACAUUUCUUUCUACCUCAGGUCUGACUUUUGAUGCCAAAAAUCCUUGCCCUGGUCACUUCCCUGUCCCUCCUGCUCAGGUCUCGGGGUGCCCCCGGGUGGUGUAUGUGUGGCAUGUGUGAGCGCCCAGCCUCAGUGAGCAGACCGGAUCCUAACUCGGGGUGUCCUGGGGUGGCCCCAAGAUUGUGGGAUGUGGGGAUCCCUGGGACCCCUGUCCUGCCAGGCAGAACCUGUGGCCCCUGGGUGUCCUGUCUCUGCCUCAGCUGCCUCAUAUGUGUCCCAGACAUCGCCUGCUGGUGGGGGUGGGAGGGACAUCUGGGGGAGCACAGAAGCCCCUUAUGCAAAGAGGCGCAAGGAAGGGGGGUGGCCAUCGCAGCCACUGGGGCCUGGCCAAGAGCGCUGUGCACGUGGGGCUUGGCGUGUGGCAGGCGGGGACCCCCAAACUCAGGGUAAGGAGGGGCUUUGUGGGGACCCUUGGACAGGCUGCUUCUGGAAUCUUUGGGACCCUUAGGCUGGCUGCAGGGCUCUGGCUGUAAGGACAGGCAGGCGGGUGGGGCGGGACCCUGGGACAGCUGGGUUAGUGUUUUUAAAAGUUGUGCAUUUGUACAGUUGCAUUUUUUCUUUUUAACAUUUUUAUCCAUUUUGUUCUUGUUUUUAUUUUUCCAUUAACUUUUGGCUUUUUUUUUUUUUUAACUCCCCCUUCGCAAACACAAACUCAAGCUUUUUAUUCUUGAUAUGUGAAAUUGAUUUCAGUUUCUCUGGGGCUUCUUACAUGGUGUGAUGAUCACGCCAGACUCAGGUAAAAGGAAAAAAAAAAAAAAACUUUCAAAAACCUCCAAAAAACAGAAAAAAAAGGUAAAACUGCUGUCUACCUCUUA